CGCUGAGGCUUCCGCGCCUGCUGGUUCCUCGCUCCGGGGCGGGGCUCGCGAUAGCGAGCGGGAGCAGGGCGUGGGGCGGGACCCGGGUCGGAGGCGCGGAAGCCGGAAGCCAUGCGCGGGGAGCCUCCCCCUUCGACUGCAGCCUCGCUCGGCGCCUUCUGCACGCCUGGAAUCCCGGAGCCUGCCUAGUUCUGUGCGCUCCCGCCCAGGCCGGUGCCCGCCGCCCGCCUGCGCCCCAGGCAGGUCCCAGGCCUCCGGCUGCUCCCGGCCGAAGGUGGGGACUGGCAGUGGCAGGCACCGCUAGCGAGGGCGUUUGGGGACCCAGGCUGACCACGGCGCAGCCAUGGGGACCGCGCUUGUGUACCAUGAAGACAUGACGGCCACCCGGCUGCUCUGGGACGACCCCGAGUGCGAGAUUGAGCGCCCUGAGCGCCUGACCGCAACCCUGGACCGCCUGCGGCAGCGCGGCCUGGAACAGAGGUGUCUGCGGUUGUCAGCCCGCGAGGCCUCGAAAGAGGAGCUGGGCCUGGUGCACAGCCCAGAGUAUGUGUCUCUGGUCAGGAAGACCCAGGUCCUAGGCGAGGAGGAGCUGCAAGCACUGUCCGGACAGUUCGACGCCAUCUACUUCCACCCGAGUACCUUUCACUGUGCACGCCUGGCCGCAGGGGCUGGACUGCAGCUGGUGGAUGCUGUGCUCACGGGAGCUGUGCGAAACGGGCUUGCCCUGGUGAGGCCCCCCGGGCACCACAGCCAGAGGGCAGCUGCCAACGGGUUCUGCGUGUUCAACAAUGUGGCCAUAGCAGCUGCACAUGCCAAGCAGAAGCACGGGUUACACAGGUGUGUGCCAGGCUGGCUGCAGGGGUGUGGACCCAGGCGACACAGCAAGGGGCGGCACAGGUGGAUCCUCAUCGUGGACUGGGAUGUGCACCAUGGCCAGGGGAUCCAGUAUCUCUUUGAGGAUGACCCCAGCGUCCUUUACUUCUCCUGGCACCGCUAUGAGCAUGGGCGUUUCUGGCCUUUCCUUCGAGAGUCAGAUGCAGACGCAGUGGGGCGGGGACAGGGCCUCGGCUUCACUGUCAACCUACCCUGGAACCAGGUCGGGAUGGGAAACGCUGACUACGUGGCUGCAUUCCUGCACCUGCUGCUCCCACUGGCCUUUGAGUUUGACCCUGAGCUGGUGCUGGUCUCAGCAGGAUUUGACUCAGCCAUCGGGGACCCUGAGGGGCAAAUGCAGGCCACACCAGAGUGCUUCGCCCACCUCACACAUCUGCUGCAGGUGCUGGCCGGCGGCCGGGUCUGCGCCAUGCUGGAGGGCGGCUACCACCUGGAGUCACUGGCUGAGUCAGUGUGCAUGACAGUACAGACGCUGCUGGGCGACCCGGCUCCACCCCUGUCAGGGCCCAUGGUGCCAUGUCAGAGUGCCCUGGAGUCCAUCCAGAGUGCCCGUGCUGCCCAAGCCCCGUACUGGAAGAGCCUGCAGCUGCAAGGUCAGUGUGGCCAGGUGCUAGGCUGCAGGAUCCCACCUCAGGCUCCGUGCAGUGGCUAUGACUCUGAACUGUCCCUAGAUGUGACCCCUGUGCUGACGAGCCCCAGCACCCACUCCCCAGAGGGGAGGCCUCCACCUCUGCUGCCUGGGGGUCCCAUGUGUAAGGCAGCUGCACCUGCACCUGCACCGAGCUCCCUCCUGGACCAGCCGUGCCUCUGCCCUGCACCCUCUGUCCGCACCACUGUUGCCCUGACAGCGCCAGAUAUCACACUGGUCCUGCCCCCUGAUGUCAUCCAACAGGAAGGGUCAGCCCUGAGGGAGGAGACAGAAGCCUGGGCCAGGCCACAUGAGUCCCUGGCCCGGAAGGAGGCCCUCACUGCACUUGGGAAGCUUCUGUACCUCUUAGAUGGGAUGCUGGAUGGGCAGGUGAACAGUGGCAUUGCAGCCACUCCAGCCUCUGCUGCAGCAGCCACGCUGGAUGUGGCUAUUCAGAGAGGCCUGUCCCACGGAGCCCAGAGGCUGCUGUGUGUGGCCCUGGGACAGCUGGACCGGCCUCCAGACCUCGCCCAUGACGGGAGGACUCUGUGGCUGAACAUCGGGGGCAAGGAGGCAGCCGCCCUAUCCAUGUUCCAAGUCUCCACACCACUGCCAGUGAUGACUGGUGGCUUCCUGAGCUGCAUCUUGGGCUUGGUGCUGCCCCUGGCCUAUGGCUUCCAGCCUGACCUGGUGCUGGUGGCGCUAGGGCCUGGCCAUGGCCUGCAGGGCCCCCACGCUGCACUCCUGGCUGCCAUGCUUCGGGGGCUGGCAGGGGGCCGAGUCCUGGCCCUCCUGGAGGAGGACUCCACACCCCAGCUAGCAGGGAUCCUGGCCCGGGUGCUGCGUGGAGAGGCACCUCCUAGCCUAGGCCCUUCCUCUGUGGCCUCCCCGGAGGACGUCCAGGCUCUGAUGUACCUGAGAGGGCAGCUGGAGCCUCAGUGGGCGAUGCUGCAGCGCAGGAAGCCAGCUGCGCGCCUCCUCCCGGCUCCUCCUCCUGUAGUGCCGUCCUCACCUGGUGGCUUGAAAUCGGCCAAGGUGGGAGCAUUUACGCCGCAGAAAGGACACCGCACGCCGGCGCCUCGCUGCCGCGAUCCGGACCCCAAGCCCGCGGCUCCCACGACUCUGGGGCAUGGAACCCCGCCCACUCCCACCCCCGUCCCCUCCCACCCGUGCUUCCCCCGCUCCACCCCUCACUUCUCCUCGCCGCGCCCCACCUAUCGCGCCCUGGCCCGUCCCAUCCUGGCCCGAGCCCAUGCAACCCACCCUCGGUCCCGUUCCUGCCCCUGCGCCCCGCUGCCCUUCGCUCCCCGCCCUUGCGCCGUUAGUAAACAUGGGUUAAACGAAACCCUGGUUCUGCCUCCUUUACGAACACGCUGGCCUCUCUCUCUCAACCGCGGUGCGGGACUCAAACCGGAAGUGCGCCGCGGCCCCGGCCUCACCUUUACGCGCAGCCGGCGUUCCCGUGACGUAUUUCCGGCGCGCCCGCCCUAGCGCUUUUCACACUCGCGCUGCUGUGACGCGACGGAGGCGUGGGGAGCGGGAGCUGUGGGCUCUUUCCACAGGUGACGCCUAGAGAACGGGUGGACGUGCAGGCCGGAACCCGGGACCCACCCGGCUGCGCCCCCAGACUCUCCGCUGCCCACGAGUCUCGGAGUAGCACCUUCUCCUGGUCGUCUCCUCUCGUGGGGCCCGAAGAACGGGGCAAAGCCGAGUUCUUGCGCUGUACUGCGCGGGCGCGCGUUUCGUUCUUCGGGUUUGCCGUGGUUCUGUGACUCCCUAAAGGUUGAGGGCUACUGAAUUGGAAGAAACACCAAGCUGGCUUCUGGGGGGGCUGCCGGGCGCCGGGCAGCGUGCUUGGGCUGGGGAGGGCAGGGCGUGUUUACUCUUGAGUAGAGCAACCGCAAAA